UACAGAUAUUCCCACCAAAAUCAUCACUCAACCCAGUCGAGAGAAAACUAAAAACAGAGAGACUAUCGUUGACGAUGAUGAUUCCAUCUUUCUGGAUUCUCGCGAUCUUUUCCAUCUCAAUGGCUUCAUCCUCCACGAUUCCAUCUCUACGAGGUCCAGGAAUCGGAACCAACUACGGACGAUACAGCUCAAAUCUCGGAGUUCCAGAGAUCGGAAUCAACUACGGCCGUUACGGCUCAAACCUCCCACCACCAGAAGCCUUACCAUCACUCGUAACCUCUCUCUCCAUCAAACACGUCAAAACCUUCGACAUGGACCCAAGAAUCACCACCUCCUUCGCCAACACAGGCAUCUCCCUCUCCCUCUGCAUCCCCAACGACAAGAUCCCUCUCCUCUCCACCAACCUGUCCGAAGCCGACUCCAUCAUCAGAGCCUUCAUCUUACCUUACCACAAAACCACCAUCAUCACCUCAAUCUCCGUCGGCAACGAAGUCUCCCUCCUCCCUCCGUUCACCCCACACUUAGUCUCCGCUGUAGUCAACGUUCACCGAGCGAUCAAGCGCUACAGAUUGCACAAGAAGAUCAAAGUGACAACCACUCACUCCUUAGCGAUCCUCUCGCGGCGUUUCCCUCCCUCGACGGCGAGGUUCCAUAACUCGAUCGGCGAAUCGGUGUUGAAGCCGCUCGUUAGGUUUCUCCAGAGGACCAAGUCUCCUCUCAUGGUGAACGUCUACCCUUACUUGGCGUACAAGCAAUCGUUCCCUUCGAUUCCGUUGGAUUUCGCUCUGUUUCAGCCGGUGAACGGAUCUAAGCGGCGGAUGUAUAGAGAUCCGUAUAGUGGAGUCGCGUACACUAACUUGUUCGAUAUAAUGAUGGACUCGGUGGACUCUGCUGUGAAGGCUCUGGGGUUACCGAAGAUUCCGGUGGUUGUGUCGGAGAUUGGGUGGCCGUCGAGUGGUGAUCCAGGCGAAGUGGCGGCGAGUUUGGAGAACGCGAGGGUUUUUAAUCAGCGGUUGGUUGAGCAUUUGAGGAGAGGGGAGAAGAAGGUUACUGUGUAUAUCUUUGCUCUGUUUGAUGAAGAUCAGAAGAGUGGUGCCACCGUGGAGAAACAUUGGGGGUUGCUGUAUGGUAACGGAACGAAGAAGUAUGAUCUGAAUAUCUCGCCGCCGGUUUGAAAGUUUGAGCGUCGCGGAGAGAGAGAAGAUUGUUUUGUAUAUGGGCCUUUGUUUUUUUAUGGGCCGUAGAUCGACAUAUUAGCUAACUGGGUCUUUUGUAAACCAUAAAUAGAUAUAAAAAUUUGGAAAUAAAUAAAUAAAUGGAGUUGUUUGAGUGUUUGGACUCGUUUUAUUUUUUGACCUUUUAUGUCACGUUCAAAUAUGACAUAGAUUCGAUUGUACUUUGUCAUUUUCUUUAGGACAUAUAUCUAACAAGACAUUUGUCCCUGGAUAGAUCUGAAAUGCAAAUUGUCAUCUUGUUACGGAAAGUUGUCGUCCAUUCGAAAUUAUGUAACAAUUCGAUAUUUAUAAUAUAGAUGAAAUAAAAAUUUAGAAGCGCAAGUGCAAGUGAUCAUAUCUCCACUAUAAGUGCAAGUAAGUGAGAAGAAAUAUUUGCGGAGGAAACAGUGGGAAAGGGGUGAGUAGUGGGUAUAAAACUGGUGGCUCAUUCGGUGGCUGCAUUAUUCUGACCAUAUAAUGGAUCCAUGUGCCGCACUGCACUUUGUCUCUGGAUCGUCAUGUAGGAUGUGUUUUUCAAUCUCAUUUCUGAUUAUUAAUCAUUAUUAGUGAUUUCUUAUUUUUGACGAAAUUGUUUUUUUUUUAAUCAAGAAAUUGUUUUGUUUUGGUUGCCAAAAUAUACAAUGCUUCUUAAUACACAUAAGACCAAGAACUGUCCCAUCUCUACACUCUCUCACUCACAUGGAGAGAAAACAAUAAGAGUCUUUGUCCAUCCUGUAUUAGCGAUACAUGUCGUUUACGAUGCAUAUCUAUGUAUACAUUCAUAUAAAAAUAUUGAGAUGCACCAGACUGAAACUAUAUAUGUAUUGCAUUUGAGUACCAAACAAAAAGGAUGAAUCACGAAAAACAUUAAUGAAUAGCUAGUAGUUAUUCAAAUAGUUCGUUUAGUUGGGAAGCAAGAUUGUGAAGAAGAUUCACGUGAACCUAAUUAUUUGUAACAAAACCUAUUACGAAAUUAGGUAAGUUUGGAUGUAUUAAGAAUUCGGGUGAGCUAGUCUAGUGGAUGACAAUUGAGGUAAGCU